CGGCAUGGAGCUCGGGAGGCGAGGCAGACUCGCGCGCGCGGCGAUCCCGCCUUCUCGCUCGCGCAGCCCGCUCCCAGCCGCCGCUCUUUCCUGCUAGUUCCCUGUUCCUAGACGCCUCUCCUCACUCCAACCUCCGCAGUUCCCUCUCUCAAUGGAUUCCCUUCAGACCGCACAGAUGGUGAGCUUGUCCGCCGAGCUCCGCAGCAACAACUUGGAGCUGGCGGAGCCGGAGGAGCCGGGGACAUCAGCGGCCGCAGGGCAGUCAGCCGCCCACCCGGAGGAGGUGACACCCGAGGGCUCCCAAGCUCUCGGGGCUCAAGAGCCCGAGCUAAGCCUGCCUCUGGCGGUCCCGACACCGCUGGAGUGCAAAGUCCUGCUCACGCAGGCGGAUGCCUUGGCAUCUGAGGGGCACCUUCGGGAAGCCCUCGAGGUGUACCGACAGCUCUCCGAGAGGCAGCAGCUCGUAGCGGAGCAGCUGGAGCAGCUAGUGCGCUGCUUGGCCGACAGUGUCCCGCAAGAGGAGCUGGCCUCCGACUCGAGCGGCACUUCGAGCUGCUGCGCCGCGGCGCUGAAAGAGGCAGGGGAGGCCGCGGCCGUGGCCCCCGAGGUAUGGGAUGGCUUUAAGUGCAAGAAGUGUCACGGGUUUCUCUCAGACCCGGUGUCCCUGUGGUGUGGCCACACCUUUUGUAAACUGUGCCUGGAGCGCGGGCGAGCCGCCGAUCGGCGCUGCGCUCUGUGCGGGGUCAAGCUCUCCGCUCUGAUGGCGGCCAGUGGGAGGGCACGCGGGCCGCGGCGCGCGGGGCAGCCGGCGCCCCUGCAACUGCGAGUUAACGUGGUACUCAGCGGCCUCCUGGGCAAGUUGUUCCCGGGCCCCGCGCGGGCGUCGCAACUCCGGCACGAGGGCAACCGGCUGUUCCGCGAGCACCAGGUGGAGGCAGCUCUGCUCAAGUACAACGAGGCUGUUCGUCUAGCUCCAAAUGACCAUUUGCUUUAUAGCAAUCGGUCCCAAAUUUAUUUCACCUUGGAGUCUCAUGAGGAUGCACUGCAUGAUGCAGAAAUAGCAUGUAAACUACGGCCAAUGGGUUUUAAGGCACACUUCAGAAAAGCACAAGCUUUAGCCACUCUAGGCAAGGUGAAAGAAGCACUCAAAGAAUUUCUCUACUGUGUAUCCCUUGAUGGAAAGAACAAGAGCGCCAGAUCUGAAGCUCAAAGGCUUCUCUUUAGUUUCUUUUCACCAUCAGUCCCGGGGGAGUCUCAGGAACAUUCUCCCGAUAUCCUGAAGCUGUUGGCACCUCACCCUAGAUUAAAGGAACACGUAGAGUCAAUGGCUACUGAAGGCACCAGCCAUAAUCUACCAAAGUUGUCACAGGAGAAUCUGGAGCUUCCCCAUUGUUCUAAUCAGGAGGGAGCAGCAGCUGCAGAAGAGAGCAGCAGCCUAGCAAAUUCAGCUCAAGGAAAGGUGAGUAGUAAAGAAGACAGAGAGAAAGAUCAGAAAGGAGAGGACCGGGAUGCUGCCUCCGUCAGGACCGGCAAAUGCCAGGAAAAGAAGAGAAAUCGUUGCCAAAUCGAAACCCAAGAAGACACAGAAUUGCCUAAUAAAGUCUCCAGACAAGAUCUUCCUGCUGAGCAGGGAGCCAAACCAGAUCUCAGUAAUCCACUUGGAUCCUUUGAUGCAUCUGACCUUGAAUGCUCACUGUGUAUGAGAUUAUUCUAUGAGCCAGUCACAACACCUUGUGGACACACCUUUUGCUUGAAAUGUCUUGAGAGAUGCCUAGAUCAUAAUGCAAAGUGUCCACUGUGCAAAGACGUUCUUUUACAGUGCUUGCCAUCAAGAAAAUAUAGCAAAAAUGUAAUCCUGGAAGAACUCAUAGCUACGUUCCUGCCAGAAGAAUUCAAGGAACGAAAGAGGCUUUAUGAAGAGGAAAUGGAAGAGCUUUCUAACUUAAAUAAGAAUGUCCCUAUUUUCGUGUGCACCAUGGCCUAUCCCACCGUUCCUUGUCCCUUGCACAUCUUUGAGCCUUGUUACCGCCUGAUGAUUCGGAGAUGUAUUGAGACAGGCACAAGACAGUUUGGCAUGUGCCUUGGAGAUCCUGUCAAAGGGUUUGUAGAAUAUGGCUGCAUCUUAGAGAUCAGAAAUGUCCAAUUCUUUUCUGAUGGCCGAUCGGUGGUAGACAGCAUAGGCAAGAGGCGCUUCAAAGUGCUCCAUCAGGGUCAACGGGAUGGCUACAACACUGCUGACAUUGAAUACAUUGAAGAUCAAAAGGUUCAGGGAGAUGAUUGUGCUGAACUUAUGGGGUUACACAACUGUGUGUACGAGCAAGCGUCAUCAUGGUUUCACUCGCUCAAAGCAUCUCUGAAGAAUCGGAUACUAAAUCACUUUGGUCCAAUGCCAGAGAAGGACGAAGACCCCCAGGUUAAUCCGAAUGGUCCAGCCUGGUGCUGGUGGACACUGGCGGUUCUUCCUCUGGAAAGCAGAGCUCAGCUUCCCUUCCUAGCAAUGAGGUCCUUAAAGGAUAGACUGAAUGGUAUUCGGCGUAUCCUGGCCUUUAUAUCGAGAAACCAAAAUUAAAGGGACUGGAUUGUGGAAGAGGAAUUUCUACCCUCUCAACUGCCCCGAGGCAAUGUUCUUGUAAACAUAUCUAAUUGCAAUAACACCUUAAUAGAAGAGAGUACCCUAGAUAGAUGUUGUUACUCUUUUUGACCACACAGAAAUGAGGUAGAAAGACCAAAAGGAUGUGACCUGUUUGACUUACUGUCUUCAAAUGCUUCUUGACACACCGUGCUAACACACAAAUAGCAGAAGUGUGAAGAAGUCAAAAAGAGUUGAUGUUUAGCAUCAAUUUUUCUGAAGUUAAAAAAGUGAGUUGUUGUUCAUAGCUAAAUGAGUGUGUGGUUGAAAUGUCAAGAAGAGAUACUAAUGUUACUGCAUUCUUUCACUGACUUGAGGUCUCAUUUCAAAUGGUUCAGGUUUUAUAAAGCAUUGUAAAAAAUAAUGUUCAUACUUCUUUCUGUUUUAAUAAUUUAUUUUUUGCACUACUGCGACGUUUUUCUACAUAUAUGUUUGUAACUAUUUAAGUGUACAUUACUGAAAAGUUCGUUGCUUUAUUUAUUGAUGUGACUUACUCUGUAGGGAGGAUAACAGUACUAACCAUGUGCAAUGUUCUUUCUUUACUCAGUUUUUGUUGAAUUAAUCCCAGUUCUUGGGCUUUGUUUUUAUAUAGUUCAGGUCUAUUCUAGUGGACUAAGUUUAAAAGAACUUCAGAAGAAUUCUAAAGUAAUUCAUCUUCACAGAUUCCACAUUUUCAGUUUAAAUUAAGGAAUAGAAAAAUGCUUAAUUGAUUUGGCAUAAAUUGUGGGGUAUACCAAAGUAAAGUAAAAGAAUCCAUUUUCCAUGUGUAGUGCAGAAUAAGGUUGAAAGACGUAUUCAAGAUCAGAGAGAUGAAUUACAGGUGUCUUUUUAUUACAAUCUACUAUAGGUAUUUAUUUCAGGCAAUCUGAUUAGAAAAGUAUUCAUUUCUCCCCAGUGCAGUUAGGGAAGAGAUUAAUAUUUACCUGUAUUUUCAGAGGGGGUGGCUUUCAAUUUGGCAUGCCUCUCCCCUAUCUUCUGAGUUCUGAAGUUUAAAACCUGUACCAGUAUGUGCUGGAAUACUUGAGAGACUAUUCUUAAAGUGUGAAGAAACUGGAUAGGUUAGAACCCCUUUUAAAUUAUGAUAAAAGAUCCAGAGAAUGAAUCCAUGGUUUUAUGUAAACACUGCCUUCCCUCCUGGUAAAGAUGGGCCAAAGAUUUCAAUGCAGGGGGAGAAAAGACAGUGAAGAGAUGGGAGUAAGUUUCUGAGCUUAGUGCUAGUCUGAGUCCUUCGGUGUCAGAGAAACCUGAAAAAUAGAGUGUGGGACUGUUAUAGUGGCAGAGGAGAAAGUGAGAGUUAGAAAAAGUGAAUUGUCAGAUUUUGUUUCUCAUGCAAACUACUCCCAGGUGAUUUUGGACAACUAUGGCGUGUUAUUCACAUGUAGGCUCUCCAUUCUGUUAACAAGAGAGAGAGGGGCGGAGGAAGGGAGGGAGGGAGGAAAGAGAGAGAUUGCUUCAAGGAUCAGUCUAGGUUCUUCUAUAACCACCAGAAACAUGGAAGAGGUGGGGCUUGUGUGUGAGAGAGAGAUGGUCUCUAAAAGAGACUCAUGGAAGCAGAAACCAACUUAUCACUGACAACUUGCUUGAUGGAGGCGGUGUUGUCAGAGCAUUGCCAGGUCUGUUUGGAAUAAUCUGGGCUGGUGAAGAAUGAUGCAAGUGUAGGGAAUGUAAAUAAAGAAGUAGAUACUAUCCAAGUUAAGUCUAGAGGGCUCAGAGAACAGGACAUUAAGAGGAUUUUCCCUGGCACCUGAUGCCCAGCCAGCCAUGUGAUUAUAUCGAAGUCGUAGUAUGACUGCUUCCUAGUCUAUAGUGCAAGCACAACGAAGAAGAGCAGAAGCUUCUCCACUUACUACAUAUGUUACUUUGGCAAGUAAUUUAGCUUCCGUUGAGUCCCAGUUUUCUUAUAUAUAUGAAAUGGUACUUGUGCUCACAUCAGCAGCACAUAUACCAAAAUUAGAAUGAAACAGAGAAGAUUAGCAUGGCCCCUUCACAAGGAUUGUAGGCAAAUUUGGGUAGUGUUCUAUAUAUUUUACUAAAAGAUGAAAUUGUAGUGAUAUUAAUAGUAUAUAGGCUUGUUAGGAACAUUACAUGGGACAUGUAAGAAAUUACUUAGCACAGUACCUUGAUGUUGGGAGCUAUUUGGUAAACUAUAACUAUUAUCAGCCAUGUUGCAGAAUAUCAUCAGUGGUCUACAGUUGCAUGAGUCAUUGCUUUUACUUGUAAUUCUCAUUUGUACCCUACUGUAAAUCCAAACCACUGAUUCUUGGACCACAACUUGAUAGAUUGCAAGUGACUCCUAUUGGAGUUAAGACCAGCAAAGUAGAGCUGGGGAUACAUCUCAGUUGCUGACAUGGCAUGGGGCGCUGAUUCUCUCUCCAGUAUUGUAAAAAUAAAAGAAACGUAGGGAAAAUUAAAAGACUGGAGAGAAAAUGAGGGUUAGUUGUAGGAACUAAUUUCUAUGCCAAGAAAGCUGUCCCCAUUUUAAUUAGGGCUAAAAAUUAGUGUUAUAUUGGAGGAGAUCUAGAAUUCUCGAUAGAAUGGGAGCCUUAAGUUCUGGUUCCGUAAGAAUAACCAAAACCAUCUCUCCCUCUUUUUCAUAUAUUGAGAAUCUCAACUAGAACAAUUGGAUUUCAGAACAAUUAGAUUUCACCAUCUAUGGAGUUUGCACACAGCCAAUAGUAUUUCUUUCUGCUGCCCCAAAUAACAGGCUCUACAAUGAUGUACUGAAAACCUACCAUGUACCAGGUACUAAACUGAGUGAGUGAUCUUGAUCUCACUUACCUGAACACAUGAAAUAACCUUUUAGACAGCAUCAUUAGAUAUAUAGAUAAGAAAACAAUUUCUUAUUCACAAGAGUGAACAAUUUUAAAGAAUAUGCCUAUGUAACAUGUUCAGUGAGUGGCCAAGCUUGUUUCUGUACCCACAAUGUGACAGAUCUUUGAAAAUUUUGUGUUAUAUAUGUUUUACUCAGUAGACAUGGCAAACAAAUCACAAAACCCCUAAGAGCUCAAAAUGAGAAGUUCCAGGUGAAGUCAAAUGAAGCCGUCCAACACAUCUCUUACUUACUAAUCUAGGGGGAAGGUGGAUUUUUGGCUUCUUGAUACAAUUCCUUUGAUAAGAGGAUACCCAAGAACACAUGGAAAUCUUUGCUGGGCUAAAUAGCACUUUCCUCUGAGCCUGGAUCUAGAUUGGGUUGUUCUCCAGCAAUAAUAGUAACAGCAGGGUACUAGGCUUUGACUUUCUUUGGGAUGUACAUAAGUGGGCUAAUCCAUCGAACUUGACCAUUUUUAACACCUGUGGAUAGGUUCUGUUUCUAAGCUCAGACAUGAGACGUACAGAGAUAAAAACUAUAUCUGAGUUGAAAGGAUAAGAGUCCUCCUUGUAGACAGUGCCACUUUUUUGGGUUAGUCUUUCUUUCUAUCUUGAAUUCAUGACUGACCCAGACCUUGUAGAUUAUUCUCAUUCUCUCAUUCUCUCUCUGUCUCUGUCUCUGUCUCUGUCUCUGUCUCUCUCUC